UUUGAGUCUCACUGUUGAUUAUUUUGGCUCCAGCGGCUUUGGUGUUUAAUACCAACUUAUAAACAACUUAACUCAACUGUGACGUAUCCGACAGGGAUGUGCUCGGGCUGCAUGCAGUAAUGCCGAGCGGCGUUGAUUACAGCGAGUUGGGUGGAAGUCUUCCAGCCAUUGCUUCUCUAAACGCCUCAUAUUCCCAGGCGUCCCUCUCCCUUCCCUCCCCGUAUUAUUCCCCGCUGCCCCCGGGAGAGAGGAAAGCCUUCUCAGAUGUACGCCGGACCUUCUGCCUCUUUGUUACGUUUGAUCUUCUCUUCAUUACUCUGCUCUGGAUCAUUGAAUUAAAUAUCAGUAAGAGUAUAUGGAACAGUCUUGAGAAUGAGGUUGUUCAUUAUAACUUCAAGUCCUCCUUCUUUGAUAUCUUUCUUUUAGCUGUGUUUAGGUUUCUGUGUUUGCAGCUUGGUUAUGCUGCAUUUCGGCUGAGACACUGGUGGGUUAUUGCGAUUACUACUCUAGUGACCACAGCCUUCCUCAUUGCCAAAGUCAUCUUGUCAGACUUGUUUAGUCAGAAUGCUUUUGGCUAUGUUCUUCCCAUCACCUCGUUUGUGGUGGCGUGGCUGGAAACCUGGUUCCUGGAUUUCAAAGUGCUCACGCAGGAGGCAGAGGACGAGAGAGUGUAUCUGGCAGCGGUGAAUGCGGCGUGUGAACCGGCUCCUCUCAUCUGUCCUAGAGCAGUGUCUGACGGACAGUUUUACUCUCCACCAGAGUCCCUGGCAGGUUCAGAGGACGAUCUUGAUGAAGAGGGUCUCGGCAGGAGAGCAGUAACAGAACAAGAAAAGGCGUUUGUAAGACAGGGGCGAGAGGCCAUGGCGGUGGUGGAACAGAUACUGACACAAGAGGAAAACUGGAAAUUUGAGAAGACUAAUGAGCUUGGUGAUGCAGUAUAUACACUUGAAAUCCCGUUUCAUGGGAAAACUUUUAUUUUAAAGGGUCUUUUGCAAUGCACAGCAGAGCUGGUGUAUCAGGAGGUCAUUUUACAGCCAGAGAAGAUGGUGCAGUGGAACAGAACCGUGUCUGUUUGUCAGAUUUUACAGAGGGUUGAUGACAACACAAUGGUGUCAUAUGAUGUGUCUGCUGGAGCAGCUGGAGGUGUCGUGUCUCCCAGGGACUUUGUGAAUGUUCGUCGGGUGGAGCGCAGACGAGACUGCUACAUCUCUGCAGGAAUGGCCACCAAUCACAACUCCAAACCCCACCACAGUCGCUACGUCAGAGGGGAGAACGGUCCUGGUGGAUUUGUGGUGUUGAAGUCCAGCAGUAAUCCUUCAGUUUGCACCUUCAUCUGGGUUCUCAAUACAGAUCUUAAGGGUCGCCUCCCACGUUACCUCAUCCACCAAUCUCUGGCCGCCACUAUGUUUGAGUUCAUGUCUCACCUCAGGCAGCGUAUAAAUGAAGUCCACAUCUCCUACCGGUGACCUACUGACUUUGACUCUUUACCUAAGCACAGUUUACAUCGUGGUGACUUCAAAGUACACACUGUGCCAUAUUCAUCCUCCUGUGCGAACAAGAGUCGUCAUGAGGAGUCGUCCCCGUUACAUUUGACCGGUGGGACAUUGUUACGGUUAACUGCGUCUUCGAAAAUCUGGCUGCUCCUUAUACUGACAUUAAAGUUGAUGUAGAUGUACUACAGGAGCACAUGAGGUCAUAACGCAAAUGCCACAGGAGCCGGAAUCAUGCAAAUAUAAGGAGAAAUGCAUGUGUUUCUAAUAUCAGGUGUGCCUAAAACUCACUGUCGCCCCCUAGUGAACACGACUGAAGACUGGGAUGCUUUCUAGAUGAGAUUCUGAGCCAAAUACGCUGUGGUUUCUCAUUCUGCUUUUACUCGGGCCUUAAUCAAGCACACACAGUCAUACUAAUUAAUUUUUGUUAUAUUACAUAUUAUGUUUUGCAAUUUGGCUCUUGUGGCCAAUCUUUGCUGUAUUAGAUUAUUAAAUAUUAGAGCAUUCAUCUGUAGCGUAUAUAUAUAAUGGUUUUCAUUUGACACAUGAUUAUUAAUUUAACUAUGCAUACUGUUUCGUUUAUGUAAUGUUGUCUAAAACCCGAUGACUUCUACCAAAAACAUCUGUUGUGGUGUUCAUGAAAUGCACUGCAACAUCAUUCUGCUUCAUUUUAAACAAGAAACUGGUGCAAAGCAGCUUAAAGUUGAUUUGUAAUGAAUAUAACAGGCCUUUUGUUGAAAUAUGUGCAGUUUUUUUGGUUAUCGCAUGUUGGUUUGUGUUCUCACAGAGCAUUACUGUCAAUAUUUUAUUGGUUUUAAACUCAUGUUAACCACAUUUAUGCACAAACAAGGAAGUAAGGCGUAGUCACGAGUUGUUCUGUUGGUUAUAGUGUCUUAUAGAAACGCCACUAGUAAAUUGUGAACGUGUCCUUCAUUAAUGGAUGCCUUGGAUCAAGCAAACAAUGCGUUUAAUAAAGAGAAAAGACACUCUUACAGGGUAUUGGAUUUCAUUUUAUCGGCUUAUCAGAUUACGUCGAUUUUAUUUGCCCGUGUGUUGGUUUGUACUUGUGUGCCUUUGUUACGGUUUGUGAUCGCUUGCAUCAUUUGUUUUAUUUCAUGAUCUUUUUAUUGACUGUAACCACAUUUCUUUGUGCAGAGCCAUUUUAAAUGGCUUGAAGUCGCUUGUGAUUCAGGUUGUGUGCGAAUGUUAUUUUUAUACUGAUUUGCAUUAAUAUGAAGCUAUACCGAAUUCUGUCAUGUGAUUCAGAAAUCAUGAUUUUUAGAAAUCGACGUUUAAUAAAACUAA